AUGGACCACCUCGAGCAGUGUAUGAGGCAGAUGAGAGUGUCAGAUGGAUCAGUUGUUUGGGAUGAUUUUGAGGGUAUGCCGGUAGCCAGUUUGCCGGCUAAGUUCAGGAUGCCAGACAUCGAGAGAUAUACAGGCAUUGGUUGUCCACGCCUCCACCUCAGACUUUAUAGCACCGUGAUGAGGGCUCAUGGUUUGGACGAGUCUCAGAUGAUUACUCUAUUCCCCCUAUCUCUGAGUGGGGCAGCCCAGCGAUGGUUCGCUUCUUUGGAGUCUUCACGACGCUGGACAUGGGGUGACUUGGCCAGGGAGUUCCUACGACAGUUUUCAUUUAACACUGUCGUGGAUGUAUCGAGGAGAGAGCUAGAGGCUCUUAGGCAGAGAUCGGACGAGUCAGUUUCUUUGUUCAUUUCCCGCUGGCGCAGGAAGAUUGCAGAGAUUAUUGACAGACCUUCAGAGCGAGAUCAGAUACAGAUGGUCUUGAGAAGUUUACAGCCCAGGAUCGCCAGGCAUGUGGUCGGGGUACCGUUCGCAGAUUUUGGGUCAUUGGUUAUGGCUUUAUACGAUGUCGAGGACGGCAUCUCGAGAGGAUUAUAG